GCUCGCAGCAAAUAAAGCUCAAUCGGGAGAACAAAAAAAGAAAUGAACCCACUGACUACAAAAAGGGUCAAAUGAUCUAUGUAAAAGAUAAACAGAUAAAAUCUAAGCAUAAACCUAUAUACAGAAAAGAAACAGUGUUGAAAAACAACAAAGCUACCAUCACUACAAUAUCGGGAAAACGGAUUCAUAAAUCCCACAUCAAAAACACCCCUAACUAAAACCUUUUUAUUUCAGAUGUUAUAUGACGGCAGCCUCACUCAAAAUUUUCGAGGUUACAGACACAAUAGCCACACUUAAAUUGGGAGAAGCCCGCAUACUAAAUGGAAGUUUUAACCUGAUCCACACAAUAAACCUCAAAAAUUACGAUGAAAUAUUGCGAGAAUUAAUACCAUUGGUGAAUAACGUCAAUGAUUCUAGCACCAUCAAGCCACAGCUGCAAUAUCAAGUUGACCAGAUAAUGGAAUCUAUAGCCAGAAUUCGAGGAACUAAAAGAUCUCGGAGAUCCAUCAAUUGGAUUGGAACAGCCUGGAAAUGGUUAGCAGGCACACCAGACGCCACUGACUGGGAAACUAUACUCCAAAACCAGAAUCAGCUGACCUAUAAUAGCAACCAACAGUACAGAAUAAACAGUGAAAUAAUGUCAGUGACAAACAAACUCAUGGAACGGUACAAUAAGAUACUAAAACAACUGGGCAAUACCAAUGAUCAUAGAUUCGAACAGAUGGUAUUUAACAAGCUUGUAAUCAUCAAGGAAGCUAUUAACGAAAUCAUCCUUGCAAUUGAACUCGCGAAGCAAAAAAUCGUCAAUACAAACUUGCUGAGUAGUGAUGAAAUUCUUAACAUACUGAAGGAGGUUAACACUCUACCAUAUUCUAACGACAUUGAAGCAAUCGAAUACGCUGAACCAAAAGUAAUAACUAAUGGUCUUACAAUCCUUUACGUAAUUUCACUACCAAAAGCAGACGAGCGUUUAUACGACCAUAUUUUGAUCAAACCAACUAUUAGAAACGAGAGUCAGGUAUAUCUGGAGUACGAAGAACUGCUCGUUAACGAGGAAAUCUAUGGCGUAAUAGGCAAGUGUGAAAACUUUAAUGAUGUUACCAUUUGCAAGAAAAACAGACUGACAACGUUGCAACCCGGACAUUGCGUAACGCAACUCAUCAGGGGAUUUAAUGCAAGAUGUGAUUUUCAAUACAAUGGGAAAGAAAUAAUAGAGGAAAUUACCAAGAAUAUGAUCUUCUUAUCCAAUUUCCAUGGAGAUGUUAUAACCACCUCUACUGCAAGGAAGCUCUCAGGAAGUUUUCUCCUACAAUAUUCCAACGAUACUAUACGCAUUAAGGGACUUACGUUCACCAACAACGAAGUAAGAUCUCCAGAGGUACUACCAGCGUUCCUUCAAACAAAUCUAACCCAGGCAAAUAGGAAACUCAAUUUGGAGUAUCUUCAUGAUUUACAACAGAACAAUAUAAGAAAGGUGCAGCAACUAGCCACGUCAAACAAUAUCACAACAUCAAUCAACUCAGUUAUCACCAUUGCGGUAGUUCUAAUUAUAAUAGCGAUAAUAAUUUUCAAGAAGAAAAAGACACAAACAGAAAGGACAUUCGUAGCAGAGAUCACCCCUAAGGACUUAGCUACUAAUCUUACCAAACUCAACGUUGAUCUACGGGACGUAGAUCUUUAGAGGGGGAAGAGUUAACGAGGGAUCAAAUAGCGGGCAUGUUAAAACAAGUUCAAACAUGUUUCAUCAGACAUAUUUCAUCGUGAGAAUUCUUCUACGCUGAAUAUUAAUAUUAAAACAUGUUCAAAUACGUUUCCAGCAAACAUCAUAUUUCAGCAUGAGAAUUUCUUAACGCAAAAAUAUGUUCCCACAAAAAGUGCUGACGACAUGUCUACGCUGUACUGUGAGAAAUUUUUAGUUAGGAAAAUAACAUAAAAUUAAAUUUGCUAAAUAAGCAAAUUUUAUACUAUAA